AUGCGACUGAACUUUCUUCAAGGUCCCCCCGAGGGCAUCAUCCCCAUGGUCCUGACAUCUGCCACUCAGGAGCAUUUUGGUUGCGUUGCUGAUGAGGAUGUCACAGUGGAGAACCCCUACAAGCUGCUGCAAAAAGAUGACAUCUUAGAGGACAUGAAGACAAAAGCAGCAGUGUCAGAUUUCAGCCCUGUGAAGCAGCUUAUUCUGGAUUAUCCAGAAAGUGAGCUUUUGCUCGUUUAUGAUAGGGACUUCACCUACGGCCAAUUGUUUUAUCUGGUUGUAACACCAGAGGUGAAGGAAAGAAUCCUCAAUCCUCCUGAAACCGAAUCUAAAGAAAAUGUAAUAGAGGAAAUCAAGACUCCAGAACCAAGGGAAUGGAUAUCUCUUGGAAGUGAAAAAGAAAUUGAAGAAGAAACUAUGAAAGAGACAAGAGGAAAGCUAAAGUACAAGUUCUCCAGAGUUCGGACAAAGUUUGGGAAACCAGUGUCUCUUUCGGACCGGAAUGUUAUGGAUGCCAAAGAUGGCUGCGUGGAAUGUGCGUCCUACCAAGACAGGCGAUUCAACAUUAAGCUGUUAGAGAGGGAUUGCAGCGUGCAGGCUAUUCCAUUACUCCAGAGCAGCAGUGCCCAGACACAGUGGAAGUUUAUGAGAAAUAACUGUACACAGUACACCCCAGGAGUAUUAAGCAAAGAGGAAGAGACGGCCCCGAGGCCAAGCCUAAGUGAUUUCUGUAAUUCUGUGACAAACAGGGUACUGCAUGCCCUUCAGCAAGAGGAGAUUAUGAAUGUGUUCAAAGAUGACUGGAUGGCACUGGGAACAGAAACCGAUGAUUUAGACUGGUCUGGGAAGGUGUCAGAUGUUUUGAUGCUGAAUCAGGCCUUUUCUGAUCCAACUUACUCUCAGGACAUGGAAAUCAGCUGCAUGCACUGGCAUCCCACCAUCAACAGUGUGAUUGCUGUGGCUAUGACAGAAAAGAAGACGCAGCAGUCCAUCGGGUCCACUGGGCCGCUCAUCGUUUUUUAUUCCUUCUCUGAUCCUACUCAUGCCAAGGUACUGCUGGAAUGCCCAGAUGAAAUACUCGCGUUUGAGUUCUGCCCUUCCGAUCCAAAUAUUCUUGUUGGCGGCUGCAUCAAUGGCCAGGUCGUUUUGUGGGAAAUAUCUACUCACGCCGUACAUUUACACCCUGUCCAACAUGGUCAUAAACAUACUGAAACUGUGAAAACUGGCAUGCUGGGCAUCGAAGACAAGCACAGGAAAGCUCCGCUAGUGCGCUACAGUGCAAUGUCAGGUGUGGAGUUCAGCCACAAGGCUCCAGUUACAGAUGUCCACUGGCUGCCUCAGACAUUUGAGGUAAAUGCUCAGGGCAUUCCAGUGGAGAACCAAAGCAAUAUUUCCGUUCAAUUUAUCACCUGCUCCCCUGACAGUUCUUUAAAGUUCUGGGAUAUCCGAGUGCAAAAACUAGGGCGCCAGACUGCAGCAGAAAAGAAGCAGGAUGCAUCAGAGUCUCAGAUGGCUAGUUACAGUGUCGACAACCCUUUCAAACACUUGGAGCGGACUUGGAAACCCUUUAUCACGGUUCCGUUGGUAAACAUGGAGCGGAAUGGCGAUUAUGCCCCAAUAAGAUUCAGCCUUUACCCCUUCGCCAAUAACAACACCACCACCACAAUCUCAGAAAGUGGUGGUGAAGCCUCAGCACUAACUCCAGACUACAGCCAGCUCCAAAUAAACUCUGGCAAAGCACAAACACCCGUGCCAGACAUAAAUACCAAGGUUUAUAUUGGAACACAGGAUGGGGAGGUAGUUUAUUCUGAGUGGAAAAUGGAGAAAAACGAUCUUGAUCAAUUACUUAGUCCAAAGCCUCUUCAUUUGUUCAGAAUCCACCCCUGCUUGGUCAAUACAAUAGAGCGCUCACCUUUUUAUAAAGACAUUGUCUUGACUGGAACUUCACUUUUUGGAACUAGCAAUAUUGCCAUUUGGAAAGAAGGAGUGUUGGACGGCCCUAUUUUUCUGUUCCCGAGCUUGGAAGGGUUAGCUACUUCGGCUUGCUGGUCUUUAACCCGGCCCGGAGUUUUCUUUGUCAGUAAAGGAGAUGGAAAGAUUGAGGUGUGGAACAUUCUGGAAAAGACAGAAGAAGCUGUGCAUGUGCAAGAACAUAUGUCCAAUGGGAAAAUAACCUGCAUCAAACCAUGGACUGUCACUUCCAAGCAGCACUUCCUGGCUGUGGCUGACGAUCUUGGAAUAGUCCGUAUAUUUCAAAUCCCACCGGUGUUCUACAUUGCUUCCAGGAAUGAGAAGGUGAAUGUUGGAAAAUGCAUUGAUAUACAGAUACAGCGGCUAAAUGAUCUCUUGAAGAGAAAAGAACUCUGGGAAAGCCAAGCGCCGGCAACAGAGGAGCAAAAGAAGACGGAGAGUGAGAAGCCUACGACCCCCACAGAAGAACAGGAUGAAAUGAAGGAAUAUAAUAAUUUUUUGUUGAUUGAAGAAAACAUCCUUAAAGGCAUGGGACUGACACCAUAA